CGACCUUCGCAUUCACAAACAAACAACAACUGCAAUGUCUGCUUUCCCGUCCUUGGAGGAGUUCGAUGCUGGCCAGACUACGGCUCAGCCUGUCCUUGGUAACGACGACAAUGACUUCCUCGCCCGUGAGCAAGCUUUGCUAGGUGACGAUGCUGCCUUUUUCAACGGCGGUGACGAACCACAGCAACAAGCUUCGUCCGGUGAGGCGGACUUCCUUGGUGGUGGUGAAGACGAGAUCGGCCAGUUCGAGUCAAGCUUUCCUGCCCUCGACAACCCCGCCAUUCAAGCUGGCGGAGUGAUCUCUGUUUCGAGUGAGCCGUACAUGCCUGGCACGGCCGAGCCCUUCACCGCGCAGACAUCAGCAGCUGCUCCUAACUUCCAGAACGAAGACGAAAGCGAACCCAUCAGACAAUGGCGCGAGAGACAAGCUCUUCAAAUCCAGAAGAGGGACGAGCAGAGCGAGCAGAAGAAGCAGGAGACCAUCGAAAAGGCACGGACGGCGAUCGAUGACUUUUACGAGAACUAUAAUACCAAAAAAGAUAAGGCUAUUGAGGAAACCAGGAGAGAAGAGAAGGAUUUCCUGGAGUCUCGUGACAAUGCUGUUGCUGGCGGCACGACCUGGGAGCGCAUUGCCAAGCUGGUAGACCUUUCGGACAAGCGUGGUGACAAAGAUCUGUCAAGGUUUAGGGGUAUGCUGAUCAACCUGAGGAAAGACGAGAAUGCGCCAGGCGCCGCUGGCUACUAAGAUACCCUUCAUUUUCUAUUUC